AUGGCUAUCAGCUUUCUUCCCGGCGAGCCGAACCGAUCUUCGGAAGCUUGCAAGUAUACCAACUGGAACUCUAUACAGAUUCUAGCGUAUUUAUCGGGUAAUAAUUUGGUCAUUUUGACAAAGAACGGACGUCAUCUCCAAACGAUAUAUCUCCCAGCAGAUGCUUUUGCAUUGGAUAUCAAUUCGGUUAAUGGUAAGAUAGCCCUUGCGAUUCAGAGCACGAUAUUUGUCUACACUCCUACAAUCAGCAAUUUCUACAGUUUCAACUUUGGUGGGAGGCGUGAUCUUGACGAACUCGGAAUCAAUUGGAGUCUCGAGACUUCCUUCCAGGCUUUGCACGAUGAAUCGAAAAUAAAUUGCCUUUCUUGGUCCGAUUCAUGUGAGUUUGGGAGUGCAGAUGAGGAUUCGGCAAACUUUCUGGGUCUUCCAAAAGAGUUCAACUCACAUACCUCUUGCGAACUUGUUACCGGUUCGGACAAAUCACUUUCAUUGUGGAGGUUUUACUACAAAAAGGAUCAGGAGAGGAAUGUGCUAAAGAGAAAAUUGCUAUGGAACAUGAGGCAGCCUAAUCCGGUUCACAAAGUUGAGUUUUCACCCAAUGCAAGCUGCAUAGCGAGUGUCAGUUUUUGUGAUAAGUUGGUGAAAAUAUGGCAUCGGCUUUCCUAUGGAAUAGACAGUGCCGAUUUUGAGCUAUACUAUGUUCCUCAUCCUAGUGUUGUCACUAGUCUGCGUUGGAAAUCAUUUCUUAGGAAUAAUGGUGACGUAGGCUCUGGAAUUAGAGUGGUCUCUUCAUCAAAUUCUUCCACGUUGCAACCUGAUGCAACACACGAGAAUUUAAACAUUCUGAAGACUUCCAAUUCGAUCGUGAAAUUAGAUUUUAACAGGAUGAAGGGCUCAACGGAUAAUCAGAGUGUUGUUUCGUUGAUUUCUGAUAAGAAGCAGCACAAUGUUCUCUAUACGGUCGCUUCCGACUCUACAAUUCGUGUAUUUAGUACUUAUAAACUUGAUACAGGCUUUGAGAUAUGCAAAAAUGGGGAAAUAGACAUGUAUGAGGAUGAUCCAACUGCUCGUAAAGAUGGUGUGCCAAAGUUUGCAACAUUUUUAGAUAAUGACUUUGUUGACAACGGAGUCAGCGAGAUUUUAGACAAGAUUAACGGACAGUCAGAACAACAAUUGGAAGAAGAGGGCAAGAUUUUGGCUUCAAAUAGGAAAAAAGUUGAAUUCUUGAAGAAAUCCAUAAGAAAGAAGUUACAAUUUCUUAACGGUAUCCUGAGAGAUCAAAUAGAGCUUUGUAUGGUGUUUGAUGGAGCAAGCAGUUGCAAACUUUAUGCAUUGACAAAUUUGGAUAGUCCGGUCCCAACCGAAAUGUCCGUUUUGAAGUUGAAUCAGAAGUAUGAUGCCGAUGGAAAUAUGAGAAAAUGCAAGAUAAAGCUCAACCAUCAUUGCAUGCCAUGCGAUUGCAGGUCACUUGCUAUUUAUCAUUUAUCACCAGAUAGAUAUGGUAAGAAUGGCGAAAUUACUAUGGCAAUACAGGAUACAUUCAAAAAUUCCAUCAGAAUCAUAGGAUUCCGCUUUAGCGAGUUCUUUAGCUUUUAUGGGGAUGAUUCGGAUUAUAAUAAUAAUACUUAUGAUGAAGAGAUGGAAAGUUUUAAACCAAUGAAAACCUUCCAAAUUGGUCAAUUGCAGGACAAGUUGACCGGACACAACAAAUCAAUCCGAAGAUUGAUUCGAUCCAAUGAUGGUUCGUCUCUUCUAUCCACAACGAGAUUUAAUGAGAAUUUCCUAUGGUCUGUAAUUCCAUUGGGAAAUAACCGGACGACUCUUAAUAAAAGGUCGACGAUUCUAACAAAAACACCGAUUAUCGAUGCUUCAAUCUGGAAGCAUGGUGAAUACGUCAUUUGCUUAAUUGAAGGUAAGCUGGUUUGUUACGAUUGCCGCCUUGGAUCACAGUACCACACAUCAAUCACCAAGUUGGCACCUGAAUUGUGCACACUGGAUAUUGACACUUCAAGUAAAGCAAUGUGCUUUUUCCUACUUCCAGAGUUAUCUGAGAAUAGCUGUCAUUUACUUGCGGUGUAUAAAGAUAAAACAUGCAAGGCAUGGCAAGUCACACUUGGAAGUGACGGUAACUCGGGUAACAUCAAAUCAUUUGAUAUUGAGAGUUUACCAAUUGCUGAGGAUGAGGUGAUUCAUAAGGUUUCGGCAGUGGAUCCUGUUGGCUGGAAUACUUCAAUCGAUUUUAUUGGUAGAGACGUUCUUUCCGUUAUCUCAAAGGAAGGGUACGUGCGAAUUUUUUAUGCCACAGUUACUAAGUCGAAAAUCUGCUGGCAUACUAAAAAUUCUUUUAUGACAGGCAUUGUGAAUAGCACAUUUCUGUCUGGUUCAUCGGUUAAUAAGCUUGCCAUCACAAACGAAAAGGCAAAUAAGCUAACAAUUUGGGAUGUAAGACUAGGUACGUCGGAAUAUUCAGAAGAAUUCGAUGAGAGUAUUAAAGAUGUCGAUUGGACAGCAACACAGUAUCAUCAGGCAAUAUUAUCUGUUGGAUUCAAUCAUUACAGCCUACUAUACACCCAACUGAGAUAUGAUUAUACAAAUCAGAGUCCAACGUUUGCAAAAAUUAAGAAGGUCAGCAUUGCCGAACAAACAACACAUGAGAUUGGAGAUUCUAUAUGGAUGUCUGAUGGAUUGUUAGUCAUGGGAUCCGGAAAUCAGUUUUACAUUAGUGAUAAGUUGCUUGACCCAGUUAAGGAUGAAAUUACAAGAAGAGCUAUAGGUACUCUUGAAAUUGUGUCCAGCGAUAUUUUCCACUUAUGUACGGCGUUGAAUGGUCCACUUCCACUUUAUCAUCCACAAUUUAUUAUCCAGAUGCUCUUUACAGGUAGAUUUGCAUUAAUUGAAGUUGUGCUUGUUAAGUUGUGUCAUGACCUAAGAGAGAUAGACUUUGGUAAUAAGCAUGCUUUAGAUGCUUCUUUGAACAUUAUUUACACUGACAUUUUGGCACCCGAUGAUGAGGCCAAUGAUAGCCGUCAACGUGAGUCGUAUCACAAACUGCUUGAUUCAAUAUCUGGAGGUUUACAUUCUGAAGAGGACACUUUCACUACCGAAACGGCUGACUUCCUUAUGGAAAGACUUCAGAAACAUAAGCUUCCGUAUUUGACUGGCCAUCAGCAAAUUACGUUAUCAUAUACUGUCAAUAUUAUGAAGGAUAUAUUAUUGAAGUAUCGUCAUGUCUUGGAUUAUAAUGCCUUACGAUACUACUUAGGAUCAAGGCUUUUCCAGAUCAAUAUUGCCAAGACGAUGGAUCCACUCGAGAAGACUACCAAAAGUAUUACAAUGCGAGACAUUAACUUUGCAAUGCAUUCGGACAAUAAAGAUUUGCUCUUCAACUUGAUUAAUGAGCAAUCUGGAAUGAAGAUUAAUUGGUUGAUGGCAAAACGAUAUGGCUUGCCAUAUUGGUUGAACAUACGUAAGUUGACAGAGGCAAUGGAAAAAAUCGCCAGAAAUGAGUUUUUAGGAUACGAAAAUCAGAAUGGUGGCAAGAUGGAUCCUUCAAGAUGUGCGAUAUUUUACAUGGCAUUAAAGAAGAAGAAGAUCUUACUUGGACUUUGGAAGAUGGCAUCCGGACAUCCUGAACAGACGAAGAUGAUCAAAUUUUUAAGCCAUGACUUUGAUGAAAAGAGAUGGAUUCGCGCUGCCAAUAAAAACGCUUAUGUUUUAAUGUCAAAACAUAGGUACAUGGAUGCAGCAUAUUUCUUUUUAUUGGCUAAAUCGAUUGAUGACUGUGUGGAUGUAAUAAUCGAAAAGAUUCACGAUGUUCCAUUGGCUAUUGCCGUUUCGAGGACAUAUGAUCAGUCAGAUCACAGUAAGUCAUUAAAGAGAAUUUUAAUGAGAGAAGUGAUUCCAAAGGCUGUAGAAACAAAUAACAGGUGGUAUCUCAGCUGGUGCUUUUGGGCAUUUAAAGAUCGCGGAUUGGCAAUUCAGUCAUUGAUAAAACCUAUUGAGGAGGUUAUUGUUGAUAUCGAGCGGUUGAUUCCGGAGUUUAAAAUGUCGAAAACCUAUGACGUUCAUAAGAUCAAUUCGGCAAAUAAUGAAGAUCCUGUUCUUCUAGUGAUGUACAAUAGCCUUAGAAACAGAAAUGCAGAAUAUUUAGAAGGUGCCCAGAAACUGAAAUCGGAAACGGAGUUCAGGUUUGUCGUUAAGGUGGCUGCCAUGUACGAGACAAUGGGAUGCGAUUGGAUUGGUUUGCUGACCACCAGAAAUUGGAAAUUUACGGCUCAACAGAAUACCCACCCUUACAAGAGCAAAUAUGCUUCACCUAAAAUUAAACCAAUUUCUUCUGAUUCAGCAAAGAAGGUGCCAAACGUUCUUGAUCAGUUUGGAUUUGGAUCUGAAUUCAACAAUGCGUCCAAUUCAACAAAAGCAAAACCGGCCUCAUCCAAAAGAGUCCAGCCACCACCUUCAACGUUUGCAGAACCUGAUAUGUCGGCAUUUGACUUUGGAUUUUGA